UCAACAUUCUAGAAACCAUUGUUUUAUUUUUCAGUCAAAACUGGACCUUCUGUCUUACUCCUCAUUCCUAAUGGACAAGCUUAUUAGCUGCUGUUUUACUGCGACUGAGAAAAAUCAGUGGUCUUAUGCUGUGCAGUCUCCACCAUUUCAUUCCUUCUCGGCAUCUCAAAAUUGUCACGAUCUCUUGUCUAGCCUGAGGGGCAAAAGCCCAGCAGAGCCUGUGACAACUCAACCACUCCCCACUGGAGCGAUUGUGUCCAGCAUCACAACCAUUGUGAGUACUGGAGGCAACUGGUCAACUGGCCUGUUUGAUGUCUGCAGUGAUAAGAGAAUUUGUGUUUGUGGUGCCCUGUGCAGCCCGUGUUUGGAAUGCAGUCUCGCAAGCCGCCAUGGGGAGUGCUUUUGUUUCCCGCUGUUGCUGGGUUCCACCUUGGCAUUACGAGUCAGCACCAGAGAGAGACACAAAAUACGGGGUGGACUCACAGAAGUCGAGAAACACGAGGUGAACGAAGCUUUCAAUGCGACGGUUGAAAAAAACUGAGAGAAGAGCCUUGGUGCCAAGAUACAUA